UACAAUAAUGAGUCACUUAACAAAUCGGCCGGCAUGUUGUCGGAGGCGCGGCCGUAGUAUCUCAACGGCUCGCCACGCCGACGAGAGCAGCAGUAGCGCGCGCGCGACGUCCGCGGCUACGCACGAACUCGACGCGUGCGCGCUCGCCAUCGGGCAGAGCCACAGCGCUUGGAUGAUGCCGCGUGCCGCGUCCGCCGGCCGCAUCGCUCGUAGAGCUCGCCGCGUCCGUCGACGAGAUCAGAAGGAGUGCCGCACGGCCCGAACGCGACGGCGCGGUCCAUCAGACGCUGCCGACGGCCGUCGCGGGCCCGGCCCAGCGGUUCGAUCGGGGCCAGCACGCGCCCCGGCAGCUUCGUGCACGACGACGCCGUACCAACCCAUGGAGAAGAGUCGCGGCAGCGGCUUUCGCUGCCCGCUCAGAGGCCCUGGACUCGCGCGACGCCCGCGGUCGUUGCCCCAGAAGCCUAAAGGGCGCUGUUUGGCACCGACGCCAUCGACGCGGUCGGCCUCCCUCGGAACGCACUUCGCCACGCUCGGUCGCAGGCGUCGCAAUCUGCAGACAUGGCAGACAGCUGCUGGGCGUCGACGGCGUGUAGAGGGCGUCGCCGUGAUCUCCUUCAUCGGCCGGCGCCGCGACCAAGGAUCCUCAGCACCUCCGCUCCAUUCCGUCGGCGGCGACCGGUGGCUCUGAAUUCGCGCAGCUGAAGGUGCUGGGGCGCUUCAGAGCUCGCUGAGUUCGAAAAUAGACCCGCGGCCAUAGGACCGAUCACGCCCGUCAAGCGGCCGGCUCGACGACCGUGGGCGUGCCCGCCGUGUAAACGCGCCGCCGUGCGCCAUGCGCGUCUCCCGCCGCCGCGGCGACCACGCGACGGUUGAGAGAGAGCUGGAUAGCGCUGGUGCAGGCCACGUUGCCGCCGUACAAGCGAGCAUUGCGCUAACGCAAUUGAGCGCCGGCGCGCGCGGUUUCAUUGCUCGGAGAGCAUCGUAGGUGAAACCGCCGAAUGCUCGCGCUAGCGCGCACGGCGGCUAAAAUCGUUGACUGGGCGUUCGUAGGCCUAUUCAAGGCCCCCGUAAACGCCGGCAACAGCGCCAGCGAAUUUGCUGAACUCGCAAAAUUUGCCCGAUUUUUGGCCGAGCCUCGUCG